CGGAUGUCUCCUGACCGGUCUCUCUUCUCGCCAGGAUUUCCUCACGGACCUGAUGAUGUCUGAGGUGGACCGAUGUGGAGACAAUGAACAUCUCAUUUUCCGGGAGAACACUCUCGCCACCAAGGCCAUUGAGGAAUACCUGAAGCUAGUGGGACAGAAGUAUCUGCAGGACGCACUGGGCGAAUUCAUCAAGGCACUAUACGAAUCAGACGAGAACUGUGAGGUGGACCCCAACAAGUGCUCCACGUCUGACCUCCCCGAGCACCAGGGGAACCUGAAGAUGUGCUGCGAGCUGGCGUUCUGCAAGAUCAUUAACUCCUACUGCGUUUUCCCCCGGGAGCUCAAGGAGGUCUUUGCUUCCUGGAGACAGGAGUGUAACAGCCGGGGGCGGCCGGACAUCAGCGAGAGACUCAUCAGCGCUUCUUUGUUCCUGCGCUUCCUCUGUCCUGCCAUCAUGUCUCCCUCCUUAUUCAACCUCCUUCAGGAAUAUCCGGACGACCGUACUGCUCGCACUUUAACAUUGAUCGCAAAAGUCACGCAGAACCUCGCCAACUUUACAAAGUUCGGCAGUAAGGAGGAGUACAUGUCCUUCAUGAACCAGUUCCUGGAACACGAAUGGACCAACAUGCAGCGUUUCCUCCUGGAGAUCUCUAAUCCGGAGACCAUCUCCAACACAGCCGGAUUCGAGGGCUACAUCGACCUUGGCCGGGAGCUGUCCAUGCUGCACUCCCUACUGUGGGAGGUCAUCUCUAUGGAUCAGGCCACAGUUGCUAAGCUGGGCCCCCUGCCUCGUAUCCUGAGGGAUGUGAACACCGCGCUCAGCAAUCCAUCCAGCGCGCAAGGAUCUGUCACAAGCGAUCAGUCAGCCACCACGCCAAACACGAGCAACAACAUCUCUGUUGGCCUCCAAAAGAUGGUAAUCGAGAACGACUUAUCUGGGUAAGAGCAGCUGAGGCCUGUGU